AUGUGGAUUUUUGAUUGGUUCCAAGACAUAUUAGCUUCAUUAGGUUUAUGGAAUAAACAUGCUAAACUAUUAUUUUUAGGUUUAGAUAAUGCUGGUAAAACUACUUUAUUACAUAUGUUAAAAAAUGAUAGAUUAGCAACUUUACAACCAACAUUACAUCCAACAUCAGAAGAAUUAGCCAUAGGAUCAGUUAGAUUUACUACAUUUGAUUUAGGUGGACAUCAACAAGCAAGAAGAUUAUGGAAAGAUUAUUUUCCUGAAGUUAAUGGUAUUGUAUUUUUAGUUGAUGCAGCUGAUCCAGAAAGAUUUGCUGAAUCAAAAGCAGAGUUGGAAAGUUUAUUUAAAAUUGAAGAAUUAAGUCAAGUUCCAUUUAUUAUAUUAGGUAAUAAAAUUGAUGUACCAACAGCUGUUGGAGAAAUGGAAUUAAAAAAUGCUUUAGGCUUAUAUCAAACUACAGGAAAAGAUUCUGGUAAAUUACCAGAAGGUUCUAGACCAAUUGAAGUAUUUAUGGUUUCAGUUGUAAUGAGAUCAGGAUAUAGUGAAGCAUUUAAAUGGUUAUCACAAUACAUUUAA